UGGCCGAAAAAAUAAAGAAAUUUGGGGAGCAGGUUGAAGGUUGAACAACAGCGCAGCUGGGAUCUGGUAAUGAGGUGGACUUUCCAUCAAACCAACCCAAAGAUUAUGAACGGCGCCCACUAUAUUGCCAUUAUAAGAAACAACAUAAGAGACUUCUUCAAGCAAAUUUGCUUGGCCUUCUCUGUCAAUCUCUCUUCAUUAAAGAAACUCAUUCCUUGCAUUUCUAACAAAACCACGUAACAACUUUUUUUCGUGACAUUUCAACUGUCUUUCGCAGCUAAAAAUCCUCAUUCUAUGCUCAUAUUACCUGUUUCUUUGUCAGAUUUCUCUUCAUUGUUUUUCCUUUUCUUUCGUGCUUCAUAGGAGUAAAGGAAAAAGAAAGAAAGAAUGGAGAUUUGGAAGUGGGUUUUUGUUGGGAUUCUUUGCUAUGCUGCCUUUGCAUCGACUGUUGGUGCUGUGAAGCUGGGCAGGAGUCAACCCACUGAGAGGAUUUCAGUGCUGGUGAUGUUUUAGAAGAUGAUCCUGUUGGAAGACUUAAAGUUUUUGUUUAUGAACUUCCAAGCAAAUACAACAAGAAGAUUCUGCAAAAGGAUCCAAGAUGCCUCACUCACAUGUUUGCUGCUGAGAUCUUUAUGCAUCGGUUUCUCUUAUCUAGUCCUGUUAGAACGCUUAAUCCUGAGGAAGCUGAUUGGUUUUAUACCCCUGUAUACACCACUUGUGACUUGACACCAAAUGGCCUCCCUUUGCCUUUUAAAUCGCCAAGAAUGAUGAGAAGUGCUAUCCAGCUUAUUUCUUCAAACUGGCCUUAUUGGAACCGGACUGAAGGUGCUGAUCACUUUUUUGUUGUGCCCCAUGACUUUGGAGCAUGCUUCCAUUAUCUAGAAGAGAAGGCCAUCGAAAGAGGAAUUCUACACUUGCUCCAACGUGCUACCUUGGUGCAAACUUUUGGACAACGUAAUCAUGUUUGCUUAAAAGAGGGCGCAAUAACUGUUCCUCCCUAUGCCCCUCCUCAAAAAAUGCAAGCCCACCUUAUUCCUGGGAAAACUCCUAGGUCUAUCUUUGUCUACUUCAGAGGGUUGUUCUAUGAUGUGGGAAAUGACCCAGAAGGUGGCUAUUAUGCAAGAGGUGCACGAGCGGCAGUGUGGGAGAACUUUAAGGACAAUCCACUUUUUGACAUAUCCACAGAGCACCCAACUACAUACUAUGAAGACAUGCAACGAGCUGUGUUUUGUUUGUGUCCACUUGGCUGGGCCCCAUGGAGUCCGAGAUUGGUUGAAGCAGUUAUAUUUGGUUGCAUUCCCGUCAUCAUAGCAGAUGACAUUGUUUUACCCUUUGCCGAUGCAAUUCCAUGGGAAGAAAUUGGGGUUUUUGUAGAUGAGAAAGAUGUGCCCAACUUGGACACCAUUCUAACUUCAAUCCCACCUGAAGUAAUACUGAGGAAGCAGAGAUUGCUUGCAAACCCUUCAAUGAAGCAGGCAAUGCUAUUCCCACAACCUGCUCAACCAGGAGAUGCUUUCCAUCAAGUUCUGAAUGGACUUGCACGUAAACUGCCACAUGACAAAAGUAUUUACUUGAAGCCAGGUGAGAAGAUCUUGAACUGGACUGCAGGUCCUGUUGGUGACCUGAAACCUUGGUAGCAGCAGUAACAUCACAUUUCUUUUAAGAAAUUCUAAGCAUUCAUUCCCUUAGCCCAGCCAGCAGGGCUUCUCAAAAGUGUGAAUCUUGAUUUUGCCACUGUUGGAUUACGCGUUGGAUUUUGCAGUUUUGGGGAAUAGAAUUUGGAUGUUGCUGAGUUGUAGCUUUUUUUAUUUUUUUUAUCCUUUUCUUUUUAUGUAUAGGGACAUUUUAUCAGGACUGUUCUUUGUUUCAAUUAUUAGAGUUAUUUGCCAGAGAGCUUUAUUGCUAA